CCCAGGUCUGCGGAAAUUUGCAGUCAGACCCUACGCGAUCCAUGAAGAAGGAGAAUUGGGUCAAGGAGAACAAGAACAAAUAUUGCCCCUACAACAAGCCCUGCAGGAACAGCAACACAAUGAACCUGUAGUUGCAGUCCCAUUGACUGAUAUUCCCAAGCAUUAUGGAUACACUGCAGUGUUCACCAUUGGAACAUAUGAUGGCUCUCAGGUAUCUUCAUCUUCAAUACCUCCUCAUUCCUCUGCUUCCAGAUUUCCGUUCAUUGCAAAAAGGCCCGACUACCUCUUCAACUUAUUGGUGGAUACAGGUUCUGACCUAGUGGUUGUGACUUCGGCUAGCUGUGCAGAUCCUGAAUGUAUCCAAGUACCCCAUCGAUAUGACAGUUCACUCUCUCGGACAGCGACGCUAGCAAAAAAUAUGUUGACAGGAGGCCAUCGAUGGGUUCAACAGUACGGUGAUGGUACAAUUGCGAAUGGCACAUUGUUUCAAGAUACCCUUGGGUUUGUCUCUCCUGUCAACGCAGACAAACCUGGAGCUCAAGCUUCUAUCACCGCAUCUCUCACCACGGCGACGACGCUCCAAAUCAAAAACCAACCUAUCCUUGUGGUUGAUCAACCUGGGCUGGGAUUGACUAAGAGUUAUGGCCAUGGGGUAGAUGGCAUCAUUGGGCUAAACCUACGUAGUCCUGUCAUCUCCUCCACUGUAAUCCAGAAUCUUCAAAAGAUUGAAGCUACUGCAUCUGCAGCUAAAGCAGCCAAAGAAGCGGUAGCAGCAACCACACCAUUAUCUUCGCUAUUGUCGUCAUCAGCUCGUCCAGUCCUUCAUCAUACACCAGCAUUCUCGACAGAUAGCAAGGCCGGAAUGGGUAUAAUGAGUCUUUGGCUCUCUAAAUCUCUUGAGCCGGGCCAGGGUGGUGAGCUGCUUUUGAAUGCUGUGGACAAAUCCCGGUUCCGUGAACCGAUCCGUUGGAGCGCUCGAGGCCCUAGCCCCUAUGAUUGGUCUAUCAUGAUGGAUAAAGGGAUUCUUCUCUUUCUGGACCAAGAAAGCCCUGCGACCUCAACAACCACUGUAGGACUCCUUAAACCUAAAACUGCAACUGAUUUUAGAGAUAAAACAGCGCCAACGGCAACGGCGACAGUGACGGCUCAGGUAUUGGUCCCUGGGACAGAGUAUACGUAUGCUGUGCUGGAUUCUGGCUCUGAUGGUAUCUAUCUUGCAAAGUCCACUUACCAUGCCUUUUUUCAACAUGUCCCUGGCGCAAGGCAGCUCAAGAGCGGGUACUGGCGUGUUCCCUGUGAAGGAACUACGGAAUUGGCGUUUGGAAUAGAAGGAAUGCUCUAUAAGGUUCCAUAUCAGGAUUGGGUCAAGAAACCGAAUGAAACGGUCUCAAGUGCCAGUGCUGCCCUUACACAAGCAGAAUUAGGGCCUGGAAUGUGCCAGUCCAGAGUCUUUGGUAGCUCGCCAGGCCCAACGUUGCUGGGAACAGUAUUUCUAAGAGCUGUUUAUACAGUUUUUGACUUUUCUAGACCUGGACAUGAGCGUAUGGGAUUUGCGGCCCUUGCUUGAAAAGGACUAGGAAUAAAAAUAAAAAUGAUUUUAAACGAAGACGCGUCUGUGUGGCUUGGAUCAUUUUCACCUCUAAAAAAAAAAA